UUCCUUUGUAUUAUAGUGGGACAUAAUUAAGAACAAAGGAAGUCUUCUUCUAGCCACUAGCCUCAUCAACCUGUCUUCAAAAGACAAAUGGAAGUCAUUAGACGACCUUAAAACUGUAUACAGAUUAAAACUUGAAGAACCGGAGUGUAUUAAGUACUGGACAGAAGACAGGUGGUUUGGCUUGCAGCGUGUCCAAGGGGCCAACCCUGUUCUUAUCUCACAAUGCAAGGAAAUCCCUUCAAAGUUUGGUCUGGAAGAUGGUAUGAUAGAACCUUUCCUGGAGGGUUUGACCUUAGAACAAGCUUUAGCUGCUAAACGGGUGUUUAUAAUUGAUCUCGAGAUUCUCAAGAACUUGCCUUGCAAAAAUGCUCGAUUGUUGGUAGCUCCAAUUGCCCUCUUUUUCCUCAAUGAGAAAAAAGAAUUAAUGCCCAUCGCCAUACAACUCUUUCAAGACAAGGCCUCUGAUAACCCUGUUUUCUUACCAAGUGAUCCUCAGUAUACCUGGCUGUUGGCUAAGAUCUUCUACAACAACGCUGAUGCCACCUAUCAUCAGUCAUGUACUCAUUUAGGUUUCACCCACUUGCUGAUGGAGGGCGUUGUGGUGUGUGCACACAGGAAUAUGUCACCUUCUCACCCUCUUUUUAAACUCAUGGCACCUCAUUUCUUGUAUCUUCUAGCUAUUAAUGCACGAGGGUUGCAGAAGUUGAUCAAUGAAAAUGGAUGGAUUGACAUGACCAUGACUGUUGGUCGGUGUGGAAUGUUUGAUCUUAUUAAAAGAGGCUUCAAGCAGUGGCGAAUGGAUGUCCAUGGUAUCAUACCUAACGACUUUAAGGCGAGAGGGGUUGAUGAUCCGACUGUUCUUCCAAACUACCCAUACAGAGAUGAUGCUACUGCUAUUUAUAAAGCCAUCCACAACUAUGUAACCAAAGUUGUUCAGUUUUACUAUGAUAGUGCAGAGAAGGUUAUUAACGAUGACGAACUCCAAAGCUGGCGAGAAGAAUUGGUUUUGAGUAGAGACGAGGGGGGUGUUGGUUUAAUGGGUGUUCCAGGUGAAAAUGGAAAAUUCACUACAGUCGAUCAAGUUAUUGACGUAGUGAGCGUAAUUAUUUCAAUUUGCAGUAUCGGCCACGCUUCAGCGAAUUUUCAGCAAUAUGCAGAAUAUGGUUUCCCGCCAAAUUAUCCUGGAAUAAUGUGUGGAGAAAUUCUUCGAGACAAGAAACCUCGUACUCUCAAGGAUGUACUGAAGACACUGCCAAACAAGGAAACAACUCUGGAUAUAAUGGUUAUCACCAAACUACUUAGUGCUCGGGGAACCAAAUCUCUCGGAGACUUUGAGGUGAAGUAUUUGUAUCACCCAACGUGUGUCAAAGCCGCAGAAGAAUUCUGCGCGGAACUGAAAAUAAUCAGUGCAAAAAUAAAAGCUCGAAACCAAACCCUGGAAUUUCCAUACCCAUGGCUGGAUCCUGAAAUUGUUCCAAAUUCUAUAAGUAUCUAAAUACUUAAAAACUCUAAAACAAAGUUGUGAAAUUAUUUUAGUAAUACACCAAUAAUUUACAAACAAAAAAAACGUACAUAACAUCACAGUUUUAAACUUUCAAAAGUAUUUCUUAAGAAUAGACUUGUUCAACUCGAUACAGCUCGGAUAUCGUUCUGAUGAUAAAACAAAUGUUGUUUGUUAUUUUUACCAGUGAACUAAAUAUUUCUUGUCCUUUAGGGUACACUUGUUAUAUAUCAUUACUGAUUCUAUUAGCAAAGGUGUUUUUACUAGUGAGAGCAACUUCAGCUAACUUAGUGAAUUGUACUAAGCUGAACUGUUCCUAUUAUUGUUUCUGAUGAUCUUUGUUGUUGUUGAUAUCCUCACCAUUCAACUUACCUGAUAGAAAUUGGCCUGAAAUUCGGCACACGUAUACCACCUUAUAUCAAAAACCUCGUUUGUGUGACAGAUAGCCCCUCAAUCAGUAUACGCAGAAGACUACUUUAAUAUUGCAUUCCUGCUAAUCCUAAUGGUUACUACCUGUUUAAAAACAUAUAUAAAAUAGAGGGGACAAUGUGGCACCUAAUUCUUCUUUUUAUGCAUCUUUCUUUGAUAUAAAUUUGCUUCUAAAGAAACACAAAACCUAACUGCCCUAAACUUGUAAAUCAGUUGCCUCUAUCAAUUUGCACAAAGGUUACGUUUUAAUAAGUUUUCUACUUUAUUAACUUCUGAUCUUAAGAGAAAGUUUUACGUAGAAGCUGCUCUUUAUGGUGUCCUUAAGUUUUUUAAAGAUUUUGUCUAAAGACUUAUUCUACACAGAACACUGGUCACUAAAACCACCCUUUUUAUAUUAAAAAAGAACUAAAUUCUCUAGUGGCUUAACUAAAUAUGUCUAAGCAAGUUUUUUUAACCAUGACCAUUAUAUUUCCUAAAGCUUCUGAAAGUAUGACUACACUGCUUGUUUAAGCUACUGAAGCCAUGUCUACUCUAUUUGGUUAAGCAACUGAAGCCAUGACUGCUCUGUUUGAUUAAGCUACUGAAGCCAUGUCUACUCUAUUUGGUUAAGCUACUGAAGCCAUGACUACUCUAUUUGGUUAAGCUACUGAAGCCAUGACUGCUCUGUUUGAUUAAGCUACUGAAGCCAUGUCUACUCUAUUUGGUUAAGCAACUGAAGCCAUGACUGCUCUGUUUGAUUAAGCUACUGAAGCCAUGACUGCUCUGUUUGAUUAAGCUACUGAAGCCAUGUCUACUCUAUUUGGUUAAGCUACUGAAGCCAUGACUGCUCUGUUUGGUUAAGCUACUGAAGCCAUGACUGCUCUGUUUGAUUAAGCUACUGAAGCCAUGUCUACUCUAUUUGGUUAAGCUACUGAAGCCA